AAACGCUCGGAGCGUCGGAGUAGUAGUCUGGGUCCGAGUGCAGGACUACAUUUCCCAGCGAGGAUCGGGUCGGGGGGGGACCCUUUUUCUUGGUCUGGGCCUCCGGAGUCGCCACCGCUGCGGGCGCUGGUAAGCUUUUCAAAAUGUCCAACAGAGAAUCUUGUGGCGAAAAAGAGAAGUCUUGGAGAAAAGGCACCCCUGCAUCACCCAACUUUGACUUAGAAGAUAAGACAGAGAAAAAAACUUCAAGUUCUACUAGUUCAGCUUGUUGUGUAAGGUCUGUUUCAUCAGAGAAGAGAAGACUGAAAUUGGAUCAUACAGACAUUUUGUACUGUGAUGUAAAAAGAAGACAAGAACUGAAAAGAUUGAAUGUAGAAACCGACCCUCCAGGAAGGAGACCAAAAAUCAAUUCUUCAUCCCAAGGCCCUGUUAAGCUCCAAGAAGUAUCAUAUUCAAAUGCUAAUCAAAUUAUUUCACAGAGUCCUUGUUCACCUGGAACUAAAAAAGACCUAAGUAAAUGUGUAGAUUUUAAAGAUAUUAAAUUGACAAAUGUUAGGAGUAAGCCUGACCAUGGAAUUAAAAACCUUAGCAGUCCUAAGAUGGCCAAAGAUGUAAAACCUAAAACUGAAGUCCAGGCAAGUGAAAAACAAUGGCCUCAUGUACUCGCUCAGCGGGAGAAGGUGAAAGAACUCAAGAAAGAAAGGCACAAGAAAUUUAGGGACAGUUCUGAAAAAUGUGUUUCAGAGAAAUUCAAGAGAAUCCAUUUUCCUCAGGAUUAUAAUUCCAACAAGAUAAUUAAGGAACCCCUUGAAUCUAGAAGAAGGAAGAUCAGUUUCAAAAUCCCAGUAAAAUCCCAUGAUACCCUCCAGAAGCUUGUAGAAGAAAAUGUCUUCAGUUUAGAGUCUAACAAGUCAAAGUCUAAGCAGGAGAAAAAAGGCCUCGAAGGCUCCCAAGUUUCAUUAAAUUUGACCAGGCACAAAAGUGAACGUUUAUUUUCAGAUUCCACGUCUAAGCAGGCUGUUCGUGAGUGGAAAGGAAAAAACCAUCAUGAGCAUCAAGAAAGUGAUUCAAAUUCCAGGGAAAACUUAAUCCAGAGUUUUGAAGCUCCAUGUUCUUCAGCAUCACUUGCAUCUAUUCAAGAUACAGAUCAAGAGAUGCAGAUAGUGGAAGAGCUCCAUGCUGCACGUGUGGGAAAAAGUGUGGAUUUACCUGUGGUUUUAUCUUCCGGAGAGUUAAUGAGCAUGGAGAUUGACUUGGUGGAAGAUGAUGUACAUUCCUCUGCUGCAAAUACAGCUUCAGGUAAAAAGCUUCUGAUUGUUAUUGACACAAAUAUUCUGAUGAAUCACCUCAAUUUUGUUAGAAUUUUGAAGACAACAGAAAUUCCAGGCUUUGACAGACUUGUGUUAAUAAUUCCCUGGGUGGUUAUACAAGAGCUAGAUCGUAUGAAGGCAGGAAAACUGCUAAAACAUGCUCAGCACAAAGCUGUGCCUGCAGUUCAUUUCAUCAAUGACAGUCUCAAAAAUCACGACAGAAAGCUAUGGGGUCAGUCACUACAGCUUGCAUCUCAAAAACUCUAUGGACUGAGUGACGAGAACAAUGAUGAUCGAGUAUUAAAAUGCUGUCUUCAGUACCAGGAAUUAUUCCCUUGUUCUGUUGUUAUUCUGUGCACGGAUGAUAAAAAUUUAAGAAACAAAGGCCUAAUAAGUGGUGUGAAGUCACUCAGUAAAGAAGAAUUGAGUGCAGAGUUAUUAAACUUAUCUAUGAACACAGAUGUAUGUCAGCAGCCUUGUAUAUCUAAGCAACAAUUGAAAGCAGAAGCAACACUGUUAGAAGAGAGCUUUGAGGAAGAAUCUGCACAUUCUGGACUACCCAUUAUACUUGAAAGCAUUGUAUCUGAUCUUGAAAAAUCUCUUGGCACAGCUUUAUCUUCAAUAUUAGAAACAGAAAUGAAAAUUGCUUUUGGAAAUCUUUGGAUGGAGAUGCUGUACUUGAAACCACCAUGGACUCUAAUUCAUUUAUUACAGUGCUUUAGAAAACAUUGGUUGGCUGUAUUUGGAUUAGUUAUGGAGAAGAACUUGCUUUUAACCGUUGAGAGCCUAUAUGAAAAUCUCUGUAAAGCUAACAGUGCAGUGGAUUUUACAACAGUGAAAUUUCUGCUUCAGGAUUCUAAAAGUUUGUUACAUGCUUUCAGUACGCGGUCAAAUUAUGAUGGUGUUCUUCCACAGGCCUUUGCUCAAGUCAACGAACUACUCCAAACCUUUGCAGAGGUCAAGGCAAAACUUAAGCAAAAUCCUUCAGAAACUACAGUGGGUAAAAAGCAAGAAGAUAUUUCUUUAAUGAAGUCUAAUAACCAAGAAAUCACCAUUUUCUCAGGUUCUCAUCUUCCCCAACCCAGCAGACAUCAAGAAAUCUGGUCUAUCCUAGAGAAUGUUUGGAUUACAUUAUAUCAGAACAGCAUGGAUGUAUUUCAAAGAUUGGGCCCAAAUGCAGCUUUGACUUCUUCAAAAAUAGCAUCAUUUGAAGAAGCAUUUGUAUCUCUUCAAAAGUUAAUGGCAGCUGUGAAGGAUAUUCUUGAAGGAAUUCAAAGGAUUUUGGCCCCUAACAGUAAUUAUCAAGAUGUUGAGACCCUCUAUAACUUCCUAAUCAAGUAUGAGGUAAAUAGAAAUGUCCAGUUCACUGCCCAGGAACUUUAUGAUUGUGUUUCACAGUCUGAGUAUCGGGAAAAGUUAACCAUUGGAUGCCGCCAACUGGUUGAGAUGGAAUAUUCCAUGCAGCAGUGCAAUGCAUCUGUCUAUUUGGAGGCCCAAAACAGGGGAUGGUGUGAAGACAUGCUCAACUAUAGAACCUAAAUGCUGAUCUAUAACUUAAAAGGAAUUGCAUUUGUCUUCAAGAACAACAAGAGUAGCCUUCAACCUUUUGAGUCAAACCCAAGAGGCUUGUAAAAAAUGUCUUAAUAGGUGCAAGAAGGUGAUUGCCUAUUGCUGAAAAUCUCACUGAGGUUCUGAAAAGCCAAAUGCAUCCAUUGUGGGAUAAACUGUGGACUCAACUCACUGGAGUUAACAAUACCUCCCUACCUCUACUCCUGACACUGAGCCAGUCUGUCUAGAAAGGAGAGCCAUCUUUUUAAUCAUCUUAGGCCAGCAGCCACGUUGGCAUCUGUGGAUGGCCUGGGGGCACAGCAUUCGCACCUCUCUCAACCCUAAGCAUGGGUCCGUGACCAGAGACACUUCCAAACCUCAAGAAAGAAUUAGGACAUGGCCAUGCUCACCCUGCUGCACAAAUGAAAUCUUACCCUGGUCUGUUUUAUGAUCAAACUGUCUUCCCUAUCGACCUGAUGAACUAAAACAGAUCCCUUCCACUUCCCCUAAGGUAAUGUAAGUAGAAUUUUGACUUCAGCUCCUACUUGCUAUAUAGUUUCUUCUCUUCCCUGGGUUUGUCACUGUUCGGUGCAUUUCUAAUGGGAAGAGCAGGGGCGACCUCUAUACUGAUUUUUCCCUUACAUGUGAAGCAGCAUGUAUUUACGGGAUUAGGUGGCAGGGAUUCAUAUUUGCCCCAAGCUAAACCAAGUGUUUAAUUGAUUUAUUUAGUUGGAAAUAAGUUGGAAAUCCUUGUUUACUAGAGUAUAUUAUGCUUUUGUUAAUACAUUAGAUUAAAUCUAAUUUGCUAUUCUAUGAUAAAUGUUAAUUUAUUUUUUACAAAACAAUAAAUUUUAUUUUUA